UUCCUCCUCAAAACUCUCGCAAACUAAUUUUCUCUUUUUCAUUCAUACAACUUCACUGGAGCUAGCGCGUGGAUUUCUCAGAAGAAUUUCAUCCUGCUGCUUUCUUUUCCUUUUCCUCUUCUCUAAAUAGCUCGACAGUGGGAAACUUAUCUGAGAAGUUUCAUCGGAGUAUGCUUUCCGCUUCCAGAGUAACCGCACAUAUAUCACUACCCCAUCUCAAUCUUUUUUUUCUUUUUCUUCUUUCUACAAUCUGAUUCCGAAUACGGCAACAUCUACAUGGUUCAGAAACAGCUACAUGGGAAUCGUCAGGUGCCUUUGGGUGGCCUUGACUCUUGGGUUUGAUUACUUGCCAAGAAAGAAAAAAACAAGAGUUUUGGGUUUGAUUGGCCGUAGAAAGUAGAAAAGCUCUAAGGAAUAGCGGAGUAUUUGGAAUUAUAAGCCUUUUGUUGGGUUUUUAUGUAACUGCAGGUUGCAGUUUUUGUUGAAUAGUACAGAAGACCGUGCACAAGAGAUCCCUCACUUCAACUUGUAACGGAUCACACACCCAUGUAUAUUAACCCCUUAUUACACGACUCCACUAUAUUAACCUCGGAUCUAGAAUUCUUUGAAAACCUUUUCCCUUCUCAGUCUAUAAACACAAGAGUGCGCUAUUAUUUUGUGAUUUUGGAGUCUUGCGUGAGAAAUUAAACACUUAACUCCUUUUCUUGGGUUUUCUUUGGCUUUUACUUGGAGUCUAAGAUCAGAGAGAGAGAGAGAGAGAGAGAGAGAACGAUCUACGGAGAAAAAGAGGGUUGCAAAUAAGUGGUGGGAGAGAGUAGAUGUGGCGAUGGCGGGGUACAAUGAAGAAAACCAAGGUGGCUCUCGCUACUUCCACCACCUCUUGGGGCCAGAGCUGCACCUCCAGAGACCUCCUUCUAAUAUUAACCCACAACACCAACCCUCCGAUUCCAAGGACUCCUCUGACAGAGAUCACAAGCUCGACUCCGAUGCCCAAGCCACCAGUAGCUCCGGUGCAGCCACCACCUCUAACCGCCGCCCACGUGGCCGUCCUCCCGGAUCCAAGAACAAACCCAAGCCUCCCAUAAUCGUCACGCGGGACAGCCCCAACGCUCUCCGAUCCCAUGUGCUCGAGGUCUCCAACGCCGCCGACAUCGUCGAGAGCGUGUCCAGCUAUGCCAGGAGGAGAGGGAGAGGGGUCUGUGUGCUCAGCGGAACCGGGACAGUAGCCAAUGUCACGCUGCGCCAACCUGCAGCUCCUGCAGGGUCCGUGGUGACGCUGCACGGCCGCUUCGAGAUUCUCUCUCUUACGGGGACUGUGCUCCCGCCUCCGGCUCCGCCGGGUGCGGGGGGGUUGUCGAUAUUUUUGUCAGGUGGACAGGGACAGGUGGUUGGGGGAAGCGUGGUGGGCCCGUUGGUGGCAUCGGGUCCGGUUGUUUUGAUGGCUGCGUCGUUUGCGAAUGCUGUGUUUGAAAGGCUGCCGUUGGAUGAGGAGGAAGGACCAGUGCAGGUCCAACCCACUGCGUCGCAGUCUUCGGGUGUGACUGGUGGUGGCGGCGGAGGCGGAGGCGGCGGCGGACAGCUUGGUGAGGGUGGAGGAGGAGGAGGAAGUGGAGGUGGUGGUGGUGGUGGUGGGGUUUCUCUUUUUGGUGGGGGAGGGAAUAUGGGGAACUUUCCAUUUUCGGGUGAUCUGUUUGGGUGGAGUGGGAGUGCUGCAAGGCCUCCAUUUUAAGCGGUGGCGAUUUCAAGUAAGCUGGAAAUGCUAGAUUUUGAUAUGGGCCGGGUUUAAUUCUCGCUCAUAAUUGAGAUCCAUUUUUCUCAGCUUCAUCUAAAUAAAUGGCGGAGGAGAUGGAUGUAUGAUAAAAUGUCUGUGAUAUAUAUACUCAACAAAUUGGUACUCUCAUCUUUGUAAUCAAACGAGAACAAGAAAGGGUUUCCAGAAUCCCAUCUUGUAAAUUUAUGAAGGCUUGCGUCUACUCGAAGAAACCCAGAUUGGAGCAAAUAAAUUAAGGAUUGGAGACUGCUCAAAGGUCAGUAUAACUAAACCAUUCGGGUUCUUUCCUUGCCUUUUCCGUCUUCCGUUGUUUUUUUUUUUUUUUUGUUUAUUUCUCAACUUACUUCUGCUAGUUUAUACAUAAGUACUGAUAGUUGUAUUGCGGAACUGUUAUAAUGGACAUAUCGGGGGCUUAUUUUUGUGUUUC